AGCUUCGAGUUUACCCGCGAAAUCAAUGACAAAAACAACGUUAAUAAUCCUCGCAUUGAACAUUUUCUUUGAUUUUAUUUUGGAGAAACUUGUUGAAGAUUCUUAAUUGUGAAACGAAAUAAUAUAAACUCGUUAGAUAAAAAUGAGUUUCCCAUCGUGCAUCAAAAUCCCUGGAGCAAAGAGCAAUUCUGUCUCACAGAAUUCUAGCAACAAUGGAAUUACCAAGGAUCACAUACCUUAUGAAGAAUUGGUAGCAAUAGCUAAUUCGGUAUUCGGAGAAAGUCGCUGGAGUCAUGCAGUUACAAGUCAAACUGUUGAUUUUGUUGAAUAUGUGAUGGGAAAAUAUCACAUUGGUUGCGCCGCUUUUGUUAGAGUACAACUUGCAGAUGGAACCUUCCACGAAGAUAUGGGUUACAGUAAUACCGAAUCCAGCAUAAAAGGUUCCGCAAUACAAUCAGCUCGUUCCUUAUCAAUCACAGUGGCUCUGAAAAAAGCCCUCACCUGCUUCGGUGACAUCAUUGAAGAAAAAAUCACAGAAAAAACUUAUGGAAUGAAAAGAUUUAAACGAGAGCCCCAAAACAAACUGCCGGAUGAGAAGGUCCAAGAACAACCAAUGAAAAUGCAACUGACUCUUACAGAAAAUUCUCUGAAGGAUAGCAACACCGUAGAAAACGUUAUUCACUGUGUCGAAGAAAAUGUAACUGGCAAAAAACCAGCUACUAAACUAAAGACCCCUUCGACACCCACUCGCAACAAAAGUCCUAUACCCACGGAUACCAAUGGUGAAGCUCCGGUGAUUAAUGACCCGGUAGUAAUGAUUGCAGAGUCUGAUAACGUCGUUAACGAUCCUAGCAAUCUAGUGAACAAUAAUGGCGCCACGUUGGCACCCUCGGGUGUACUGACAGAGGAUGAAUUACGUAUGGAGAGAAAACGGAGGCAAAAACAGAAACAGGAGGAGUACAAAAGACUCAUGAAGGAAAAAUUAUCCAAAGCUGAGGAAAAGCCAAAUCCAAAGUUUUGAAUCGGCUGACAAUUAAAUCGAUUCUUUCGUCAACGAAUCUAUGGAAUAUAUUUUUUUACAGCAUGUAGAAAUUCAUUACGAACAAAUAUACACGAUGAAACAUUUCA